AUGGGAGACAUCUCCCAUCUCCUCUCCAAAUGCAUCUUGAUGAUUGCGAUACAUCGCAACAGGAGUGCUGAAGGUGUCUCCCUCAUCACCCAGGGUCUGUACGCCUUGGUCUUCUGCACGCGCUACCUCGACAUCUUCUCCGAACAAUCAGCAUGGAACUUCAUCUUCAAGAUAUUCUACAUUUCAUCAUCCUUCUACAUCAUCGGGGCCAUGCAGUGGAUCUUCCCCCGCACCAGAGAACGUGAGCUCUCGUGGAAGGUCGGCGCCGGCGUCUUCGGCCUCUCGCUCGUCUUGUCUCCCUUUGCCAUGCUCAUCUUUGAGAGCUGGUGGAGCUUCCGCGUCUGGCUUUGGGACUUCAGCCAGAUCCUCGAAUCCAUCUGCGUCCUGCCCCAGCUGCUUCUGCUUCGCCAGACCACCGUUCCGACCGUCAUCGACUCCUUCUACCUCGUCACUCUUGGCUCGUACCGUGGAUUAUACCUGAUCGGAUGGAUCACGCGUGAGCUCGACAUCAACGACAAGGCGCCAAACACGGUCUCCGUCAUCUUCGGCAUUAUCCAGACGGCGCUGUAUGUCGACUUCGCCUGGGUAUACUACACUCGCCAACGCGUCAAGCUCCGCAACGGUGGCAUUGUUGAUGCCGACGACCUGCGUAGAGGCUGGCUGCUCAACAGAAUCUUUGGAAAGCGCAUUGAUGCCCACUCCGACGACGAGGAGAGCGCCCCUGCUCUCGGCGACGACGAUGGCCAGGGCCGCCGCGGUGGUGGACGGCCCAAGUGGGGUGCCCGUGGCAUCUCAGUCAGCGCUGAUGAGGGUGUUCUGGAUACCGACCGGGACAACCAGCGCCGGGAUGAAGAGCUCGAGGAGGGUGUCAUUGACCCCGAUGCCAAGAUGCAGGAUCCCGACGAGCUCGCCCGUGUGCUGGACGAUGAUGAUGACGACGAUACGAACAAGGCGUCCGGAAGCAAUGGCACACCCGCCGGGAUCGACAACGGUUCUGAGUGGCGCAACUAG